GAUCGAUGGCAAGGAUAUCAUAUAGGAUUAUCCAAUUAUGGAGCUCAAUCUCUUUUAAACUGUAUUCCAUCCUCAAUCGCUGCAAAUCUUCCAAAAGCAAUGCCAAAUCCAGUUCCUGAUGUAGAAACUCAUGGAAUAAUUAUCACUGAUCAAGUAGGAAAUGUUCUACUUGCUCCUCCAACUAAACCAUUUAAAGAUGUUUACGAUCUUGCAAAAAUAUCUCGUGGUCUAUCAUCAAUGAUCACUUAUCGUGAUAGACUUAGAGAUGUUUUAUUAGAAGAUGUACCAGUACAAUGGAAUAAAAAAUGUAUUGAAUAUUUAGAAACUAAAGAAGGAGUUUGGGUAUCUUUUGAAGAUGGUACGCAAGAAUUUUGUAAUAUUUUAGUUGGUGCGGACAGAAUUAAUUCUCCAAAUAUUUCUAUACCUAAACAUCUUAUGGACAAGGCAAAUAAAAUCCAUGGAAAUGUUUUGGCUCGUAAAACUCUUGGAACAAAAGGAGAUUCAACAUUUAUGAUGAUACGCUUAAUACCAAUCAAACAAGAACAAAAUGAUGAAAAAAAUGAACCUCAUUAUAGAGCAACAUUAGUUUAUUCUUAUACCUCCGAAUUGGAUAAUGUUGAAUCUGAAAAAGUUAAAGUUGAUGAUAAUGAUCCUUCAUCAGUCAUCGAACAUGUUAAACGAUUAAUUCGAACAUUAAGACCAGAUUGUGAAUUGACUAAUUUAUUGUUAGAAUUAUGGGACUUGGCACCUAAAACAAUUCCAAAUGAUCCAAUAAAAAUGAUGCGAGAUAUUGAUCCAAUGUCUAUAAAAUCAUGGUCAAGUAGUCGAGUCGUAUUAUUAGGAGAUGCUGCUCAUGCUAUGAGUCCUAUAUUAGGAUUAGGAGCAAAUAAUGCUAUUCAAGAUGUUGAUAAACUUUCUCAAGCAUUACUUAAAUAUACUGAUGAUAAUAUUUCUUUUAUUGAAGAAUAUGAUAAAGAAAUGUUAAAACGAACAUCUGCUGAUGUAUUAAAAUCUAGAAAUGACACGUUUAAGAUUUCCACACCACUUGGGCCUUUUGGCGUUAUUAUUAGAGACAACAUUUUAAAGGUUAUAAACGUUAUGAUAAACUUUUAUAGUUUUGCGGAUAACUUAAUUUUUAAGAAUUAAAAAACUUAUUAAUAUUAUUAUUUUUAGAAUCUUAGAAUCAUAUGCAAUAUUGUUAUG